UUCGCUCGCCCUAUUCUUAAAUUUGAAUCCUUGAUAUCAAGAAGGUAACUGUAAUUCUCGUACAGUCUCGCGAUGACACGACUAAUCCUCAGUGAACGGGUUUGCGUGCGUCAUUCAAGGGGGUAGGAUCCGACAGUUGGGAUUCGGAAUAAAGCUUGCGGGGAAACGCAGAGGAUCUGCCAUGCCGGAGCUGAGCGGCAAGGUCCAGACCGUCUUGGGUCUGCUGGACCCGGACCAGCUGGGCCGCACCAUGACCCACGAGCACCUGUCUAUGACCUUUGAGUGCUGCUACUUCCCUCCGCCGCCGGGCGAUGAGAAAGUGGCGGAGGAUCCCUUCCACAUGCAGCAUAUGCACUGGCUCAGGCAAAACCCUUACAGCUGCCACCAGAACCUGCUGCUCCAGCAGGAGACGGACGCCGUGCGUGAUGAGCUGCUGGCAUACAGGAAGGCCGGUGGGGGCUCCAUCGUGGAGAACACCACCACGGGCAUUGACCGGGACUUGCCCACCCUGAAGAAGCUGGCCAAGGAGACCGGGGUCCAUAUUGUGGCGGGAGCGGGCUACUAUGUGGACUGCACGCACAGCGAUGCCACCAGGAAGAUGAGUGUGGAGGAGUUGACCGACGUCAUGAUCAACGAGGUCCUCCACGGCGCCGACGGCACCGACAUCCGCUGUGGCGUGGUCGGUGAGAUCGGAACUGGCUGGCCCAUCACGGAGAGCGAGAAGAAGGUGCUGAAGGCCGUGGCGCACACACAGGCCCAGCUGGGCUGCCCCGUCAUCAUACAUCCCGGACGCCAUCCCGCUGCUCCAACUGAGGUGGUCCGCAUUCUCCAGGAGGCGGGAGGUGACAUCGGGAAAACAGUAAUGUCUCACCUGGACAGGACCAUCUUUGAUGAGGCCGAACUGCUGGAGUUUGCUGAGCUGGGAAGUUAUCUAGAAUACGACCUGUUUGGAACCGAGAUGCUCAACUACCCCUACAACCUGGACUUGGACAUGCCCAGCGACAGCCAGAGAGUCAAGACCUUGGCGUUCCUGAUCAAAGAGGGUUAUGAAGAUAAGAUCGUCAUCGCGCACGACAUCCACACCAAGAACCGUCUCACUAAAUACGGUGGCCAUGGCUACUCGCACAUCCUAAAAAGCAUCGUGCCCAAGAUGCUCACCAGGGGCAUCUCGCAGCUGCAGGUGGACAAGAUCCUGGUGGACAACCCCAAACGCUGGCUGACCUUCAAAUGAGGCAGGGAAAAAGAGGCGAGGCAGUGUGUUUUUAUGGAAUAUUUUAUCUUUAAUGGAGCCGUGAUCUUGGGUGUGACAGUAAUGAAUGUACUUGUCAACCCUUCAAUAAAUCACAAGGUCUCUUGAAUGGACAAAUGCUUGUUUUAUCCCAUCAGACCUUCAAGUUAAGGCAGGGGUGUCCAAAGUGUGGCCCGUAGUUUUAUAUGGCGCUUGGCACAUUCUAAAAAUACAGGAAAACAACAAACAAAAAGUAAUCGAAAAAGAAUAACAUCAUUUGUGACAUUUAGAAAUAAAAAGUGAUUAAUUUAUUAUUUUUUUAAACUAAUAGAGUCAUACUUUUAUGAUAAUAUAUUGACUUAUAUUAUAGAAGCCCUAAGUUGAAAUUGUAAAGAAAAAGACUCUUUAAAGCCAUGAAAAACAACAAAAAAUAAAUAUUUUAAUUUAAAUAAACUUGAAAAAUUUGGUGGGGAAAAGUUAUAUGACAAAAAUUAUAUCCAAAUAUUUUGGGAUAAAGUCAUAAAAGGAGAAUAAAAUUAAUAAGAAUACAUUUUAAAAUAACAUUUUUAAAUGUAAAAAUGAGCAAAAAAAGUCAAAGCAAAAAAUAUCAGGAUUUGUGUAAUAUCACCUAUAACACAAAGCUGUUUUUUUUAAAUAUAUAAGAUGGGUUUGUUUUGAAAAUGUAAAAUAUAAAAGUGAUUUUUCAGUAUACGGACCCGGUGGGAAUAAGUUUGGACACCCCUGAGUAAAGGCUUCAAUUAUUAUUGUGCUCCACAAAUGUUCAUUUAAAGCACAUUUUUAUUUGUGGAAUGGCUGAGAUUGAUACAAGAAAAUGACUGCAAGGUGUUGUAUUAAAACGAAUUGGCCAAAAUGUACCAAAGAAUAACUAUUUUUUAAACAUCUGAUGUAGUUUUGCCCGUUCUUGUGCCAUUUCCAGUUAAAUUCAACCAAUAAUUGUGCAUAUUUUGAAUAAUUUAGUGCUUAACCAUAGUCCAUUGAGACUGACGGGAAUUAAUUUCAGAUUGGGAUUAUACAUAUAUGUAUAUCUGAUUGGAAGCAUUCAUUCACUAGAAUUUGUGUUUAUGCAAUCAACACGCAUACAUUAUGUUUGCUUCCGUUUGUGUCUAGCCAAAGGACAAGGAGGCCCACAACAAGUCCGUCACUAAUCAGUAUGCUACAAAAGCAUGACAACCCGUUGGUCCCUCAGCGGUUCGUCGAGGGGUCGUCUAACGGGAGCCCCAGAUGAAGGACACACUCUCUUCUCGUCUGGGAACAGGUGGCUUCACAGGGUGACUUCCCGCCAUGAUCAAUGGCCGCCGUCGUCGCACCGCCGACUGCGCCUUGGAACAACUUUUGAUUAAUCUUGCGAGAGGAUUAAGGGAGCAAAGCUGUAAAUUAUAUAUGAUAUUCAUAUCUGGAGAGGGGCGUUGCGAAGUGGGGGAUUAGCAAGCGAUGGCGGGCGGAUCGAUGCGUGUCAGCGGCGGAGUCAAGGACAUGUAUCUGUGACCACCUGACCAGUUGUCACGUUGACAUGGACGAGAAAAUGGAAUAGCAUCUUGAUUGGGAAAACUGCUGCCUUUCUGGAAUCUUCUUUGUCUCUUUACUUUAAAAUUAAUCCAAUAUUUUUCCAAUUCAAAUCAAUUAUGGAAUUAUGGAAUCAAUUAUUGCAAGUUUUAAAAAGUCAGUCGAUAUAUGGGUAAUCGCCUUAGAAUCAAACCAUGUGAAAACACUCUCCUCAAAUAUUGCUAGCAAAAUGUAAACAGGAAGAAGUUUUAAUGUACGGGCUACUGAACAAAACUACAACAGUACUCGCCAAAGUGAACAAAUGAUGCAGCUACAGUAUGUAUGCUCUCAAUGUAGUAGAACAAUUAUGGUAACAGGAUGGCAGCAAAUGGAUUCAAACACUUAUUUCACACACAGCCUCUUCCAUCCGGGAUUCAUACGCCCUUUUCCCCACUGGCUGAAGUCCAUGAAGUGGAUAAACAACACUGACGUACAAUGAUUGACUUCAAUUGAGAGUUCAUCUGGGGAUAUUUUGCCGUGAAAAGUAAAUACCGGAAUGCCGGAACACUUAUUUCUUAUUUCUUUCAAUAAUUGUGUGCAUCACAACAGUCUAAUUACGGGAUGUGAGUUCGCUGAGUGACAGUGUGCACUGUUUCCAAAUCAUCCCACCUUUGCUAUGGAUGGUUUAACAUCUUCUGUUUAGGCUGUUUUUCAACGUUGCUGUGUGAAAGUGGCUACUAUUGCUUUGUGAUAUCAUUUUCCAACUGUGUGAUGCCAGUUUGAAUUUGAUGAAAGAACACACAGUUGCAAAAAUAUCCAUACACCUUGGCUGGGUGGCGUCAUGUCAGCUCUUGGUUUCUCCCUAUUCUGUGGAAUCUGUGUGAAAGGGGCUACAAUUUUCUCAUGAAAGCAUUUCCGGAAUGGUUCCGGAAUGAUUCCAUUAUGAACAAACAGCCCAAUUUGAAGACAGAUUACACUAAAAUGUCACGAAAAUGUAUAGGGUUAUUAUAAUCUAUAAGUAAUCUUGCAACCUUGCUCUAUGUACGAGUUCCGUUCCAAUGAAUGCGAUGUGGACUUUUUCAUAACUUUUAUGUAAAUGAACACCUAAGUCACUUACAUUGUACACAGAACAAAUGACACAGUAAUAAAAUGAUGAAAUGAAGCAGUCACAUAAAUGACAACAACCCCAUACUUGUGUCUCUCAAGUUGGCUAUGCACACUGGAAGGGGCGUUGCAAGGGAGGGAGAAACAGGAAGUCUCAUUAAUGACACCAC